AGCAAAGGGAGGACAGCCGCGCCCUCCGGCCCCGGCCUGGCCCAGCGGGGGCAGUCGGCGCCCACUUGCCUGCAGCUUGGUGCCCAGCCGGGCUCAGCCUGUGAGCAGCCCAGCUUGUUAACAGCAGCUCUGUACCUGCCCGUCUGCCCACGGCCGCACCAUGUCCGGCUCCUACGAUGAGGCUUCCGUAGCUCCAGAGGAGACCACCGACAGCUUCUGGGAGGUGGGGAACUACAAGCGCACGGUGAAGCGCAUCGACGACGGCCACCGCCUGUGCAACGACCUCAUGAGCUGCGUGCAGGAGCGCGCCAAGAUCGAGAAGGCCUACGCGCAGCAGCUCACCGACUGGGCCAAGCGCUGGCGCCAGCUCAUCGAGAAAGGCCCGCAGUACGGCAGCCUGGAGAGAGCCUGGGGGGCCAUCAUGACGGAGGCGGACAAGGUGAGCGAGCUGCACCAGGAGGUGAAGAAUGGCUUGCUCAACGAGGACCUGGAGAAGGUCAAGAACUGGCAGAAGGACGCCUACCACAAGCAGAUCAUGGGUGGCUUCAAGGAGACCAAGGAGGCAGAAGAUGGCUUCCGCAAGGCCCAGAAGCCCUGGGCCAAGAAGAUGAAGGAGCUGGAAGCAGCCAAGAAGGCUUACCAUCUGGCCUGCAAAGAGGAGAAGCUGGCCAUGACGCGAGAGAUGAACAGCAAGGCUGAGCAGUCGGUCACGCCUGAGCAGCAGAAGAAGUUACUGGACAAAGUUGACAAGUGCAGGCAGGAUGUGCAGAAGACGCAGGAGAAAUACGAGAAAGUUCUGGAAGAUGUGGGCAAGACCACACCCCAGUACAUGGAGGGCAUGGAGCAGGUGUUUGAACAGUGCCAGCAGUUUGAAGAGAAGCGGCUGGUCUUCCUCAAGGAAGUUCUGCUGGACAUCAAACGUCACCUCAACCUAGCAGAAAACAGCAGCUACAUCCACGUGUACCGGGAGCUGGAGCAGGCCAUCCGCGGCGCUGACGCCCAGGAGGACCUCAGGUGGUUCCGCAGCACCAGCGGCCCAGGCAUGCCCAUGAACUGGCCCCAGUUUGAGGAGUGGAACCCAGACCUCCCCCACACUGCCGCCAAGAAGGAGAAGCAACCCAAGAAGGCAGAGGGGACCACGCCGAGCAAUGCCACAGGGGCUGUGGAGACCACGUCCCAGGCUGGGGACCGUGGCAGUGUCAGCAGCUACGACAGAGGCCAGGCCUAUGCCACUGAGUGGUCGGAUGAUGAGAGCGGGAACCCCUUUGGGGGCAACGAGGCUAAUGGUGGUGCCAACCCCUUUGAGGACGACGCCAAGGGGGUGCGCGUGCGGGCACUCUACGACUAUGAUGGCCAGGAGCAGGACGAGCUCAGCUUCAAAGCGGGAGACGAGCUCACCAAGCUGGGCGAAGAGGACGAGCAGGGCUGGUGCCGCGGGCGGCUGGACAGCGGGCAGCUGGGCCUCUAUCCUGCCAAUUACGUGGAGGCCAUCUAGCUGCCCUGGCUGCCCCCUCCCCUCACUCCUUCCCCACCGCCUCCCCUUCUUCCCACCCUCGACUCUUUCCCCUCACCAUAGAGUUCCAGACAUAUUUUCCAAUCAAGCUUUUAUUUUUUUAAAAGUCAAAACAGAGCAAAAGAAGAAAUAGAGACAGAGCAUUUGCAGGGCCACCUGGGGACCAGGGUGGUGGGCUAAUUUAGGAUGGUGGCCCUAGAGUGGUUGGGGGUCUUGGGUCUUAGCUCAACAACAUCUGCUCUACAGAGUCCACCAAAGCAUCUCUCGAGCCCUGAGGGAUGUCUUCUGGGUCCUCCCCCCGCCCCCCGCCUCGCCCCUACCUCCCCAGGCUGCCAGCACCUGCCCUGUUGUCUGUGCCUGGCUCCCUGGCCGCCUCCUCUUCCAUCCCACAUCUGCCACUUACCUUCCUCCCAAGGGCCUCCUCUAGGCUCCAGGAAGGAGGCCUCCCUAUCGUUAGUCUUCCACUCUGCCCCUGUGGAGGGAGUGGCCUUCUCCUCCUAGCCCCACCCCUUGGGACCAGUGGGCUGGGGGUAGGAAUGGCCAUAUACACCUCCAUCUCUGCAGAGGGUCCCAGGGGUCCUUCGGACGUGAAGGCAGGUGAGCUGGGGGAAAUGACGGUGUCCCUGGCACACAGGAAGGGAGAGCAAGUCCCCACCCCAGACUGCGCCAGGGCCGUUGAAUGAACGAAGACCCUGCGUGGGCCUUUGCUUCCUGCUCCCAGACUGAGGACAGGGACCUCCCUUGGAGCAGCAGCACUCAGUAGCUGGCAGGAACUCUGCCCCUCUCCUGAGGCCUUGGUACCCGGCAGAGCCCUCCCCCCAAGUCCAAGUCCAGGGCAAAGCCAGCAACAGUAGCAGCCGCCUCCCAUUUCCUGGGGAGGGGGCAUUUGCCCACCCACUCCCUCUUCCUCUGUAGUCAUCCAGAACCCAAAAAUCACUAGGCUCAAGUUCAGACUUCGUGAAACUGAACCUUGUACCUUGCUCCUAGACUCUUUACCCCUGCUUCUUUCUCCAGGCCUCCCUGGGGAGACACGGGUCCACGGAAGCCUCCAGCCUGAGACCAUCAGGGGAAGCCAGCCUUGUUUGGCAGCAGGGAAGAGCUCUGGCCCUCUGGAGCUAGAGAGUCACCAUGUCUUUUCCCUUGUGCCUCUCAGUAUCCCAAUAACACGCCCUCUGUUUAGCAACCCCCGCCUCUCUGAGCCUGGGUCCCAGUUAGAGCUAGGGGCCCGGAAAGGGCAGAGGGCAGAAGGUUGGUGAGAGCAGUGAGGCCAGAAGAUGGGGUGCUUGCUGUCCCUCAGGUGCGUGGGGGCUGGGAAGCAGACCCAGGUUGGACAAGACCCCAUGAGGUGGGGAGUGGUCAAAGGAGCUCUCCCCCUACCUCUGGGAUGGGGGCCUGAGAAGUCCUGAGGUCUCAGCGGGAUCACAGCUGGGGCCUCUGGAUUGCACGCUUCUCCAUACCCCUCCCACAUCUGGUGGUCUCUAGGGAAGAGUGCUACACCCUGCCCCCAGCACCCGUCUUUCACGGCCCCCAUGGCUUCUCUCAACAACCUGUGCGGAUCCCGGCCUUGAGGCUCUACCGCACUUCCUGUGAGUACAGCUGUGGCAAGGGGCUUGAAGGAAAAGACCAGGGUGAUGGCACCCCAGGAACGGGCAAGCACCCCUCAGCAGCCAACACCCCGUUCCUGAUCACUGUCUGAUCUCUGAGCCGCGGCUGUAUGGCCUGAGAUGUGCCCUGGUAACCCUCAGAUCCCGAAGCAAGACUUCAAAUCCUCCCUUGUCCAGAAACAAAGCUUUUCCUGCCUCCCUUGCAGGCAAGACUGCCACUGGGGUGGGGGUCUGCCUCUAACCCUCUCCCUGGAAAGGCAAGAAGCUGCCACGUCUGCACCUUGGGGCCUGGGCUCCCCCUCUCUGCGCUAGUGGCUUCCCAGCACCUGGGGAGGGCCGAGGCCCUGGCUGGACCCCAGGCCUGUGCCCCUCAGUACUCAGCUGCCUACACCGACCGGGGCAGAGACUGGAAAAUCCACCCCUUCUGAACAGUCACCCCCCCACACACACCUGCCACGUCCCCAAUUUGGACACUCUUGGUCCCCAAGCUCCUCAGAACCCUGGCGCUGGAGGGUCUCCAACCUGGACGCUCCCUGAGCCCCGCCCCACCGGUCAGUGCUGGUGUCCAGCACCACUCGGGCCGGGCCCCGCCCCUCCGCGCCCCGCCCCUCGCUGCUGCACGGGCCCGCCCCAGCAGGGCCCGGCCAGUGACGUGUUGUGUCCAGUUAGCCAUCAUCGUGCGGCCCGUUUCCUCCAGGGGCCAGGGCUGACCCGCCGCCCGCCGCCACCGCGUCUGCCACCCUAGGUUUCCUGACUCCCGUUAGUCCCGACACUUGUGAAACUCCGAGAAGUGCUGUGGUCUCAGCAAUGCACCUGUUUUUGUACAUGAUUGUGUAAUUUAAAGGUAUAUAAAUACAAAUAUAUAUAUCUAUAAGCUGUGACUGUAUGACUGUGGAUAAAACCCAGAACUGUGUCAACCUGG